AUGGGAUCAAGGAAGACUGCUUUGGUAAAGACAAGACUUAUGAAGGCUUUGAAGAAAAACAAAGAGAUUCCUGCAUGGAAAAGAAUGAUGAAGGAGCAUAAGGGGGAGUUUAACAGGGCAAGAAGAUAUUGGAGAGCAAAGAAGCUGAAGAUCUAUUAA